AUGUCGACUCCCAGCAUCAACCUCGCCCAUGCCUUUACGCUCAAGCUGCCCAUCUCGGCGGCUCACGCCAUCCCCGGCACUCCCGUAGGCGACCGCUCCUACAUCCCCGUGCUGGGUGGAACGCUGACCGGCCAGGGCAUUGAGGCCAAAGUCACGCCGGGCGGUGACUAUGCCAUUGUCAAGGACGGCUGGGGAAAGCUCGAUGUCCGUGUCCAUGCAGUCACCCCUGACAACGAGACCAUCUACAUCCAGUACUACGGUCAGCUCGAAGUCACGCCUGCUAUCGCAAAGAUUUUGGGCGGCGACGCAGCUGCCAAAUCGACCAACUUCGAUGACGGCUAUCUUCUCACAACACCCGUCUUCGAAGCGCCCGCCAACUCGAAACACGCCUGGGUCAACCGCACAGUCUUUGUCGGAAAAGGAAAGAUCGAGGUGGGCAGCAACGGCGUCACUGUUAUCUACGAGAUCUUCAAAGCCACGUAA